UAGCUAUGCUGAUAUUCUGCCUGUGGACAACUCUUCCAUGGAUUGUCCUGGGCCAGACGUACUACAUGAGCUUUAUUUUCAACAACUAUGGGCCCUCUAGAAUAAGUGCGCCUCAACUUGGAUUCAACGGCUCUUCAAAUCCUCAAAUGGAGGGUGGUAAUAUAAGGGUCAGCUCGGAAGAGCGUCCACGUGAGCAAGAAACUCUGGAGGUCAGUUCGUUGGAGCACUCAAGGGAGUCCAAGCAAAGGCCAAGCCGCAAAAAAUACAAGAAUGAGGAAACUCUGGAGUUGAGUUCAGAAGACCAUUCGCGGGACACUCAUCAUAACUCAAAACCAGCUGAAGAAAACAUGGACUCUAGCGAUUCGGAUGAGAAGUUAAUUUGGUCCACAACCGCAAGGAUAAAGCCUACGACUUCAAAGAGAAAAACAAAGGGGUCAACAAAUGAAACUCCAGAAGUGCCCACUGAAAUUACCACGGAGCUGAAUAAGGUCACUUCAAGUGAUAAAGAGAAAACGGAAGACCUAUCGCCCCCUCAACCCCCUGAAGAAAUCACAGAAGACCCAGGGGCACUCAUCACAGACUUAUCGGAAUUCGAAUCAACUGUCAGUACGUCCUCCACAGAUCAACAGGAGCGACCGGAUAGCGGUCCCACCCGACCUACCAGUCCAUCAAGGACUUGGGGGGAGAUUGUAACACCACAUCCCCCCGAAUUCUUUGAUUAUCCAGAGGCCACGUGUCGCGAGGACAUGGAUCUGCACGAGGUGUUCGGCAUUAGACUCGAACGAGAUCGAGGCUUGCCCACCAAGGUAUUGUGCGACUUCAAAAACAGCUGGGGCGGUCCUUGGCUACUGAUGACGCGCAUAGAGCUCCCAGUGCGCAUACACCUGCGCCACUGGUACUUCGGCUACGUAACUCCGGACUACAAGGACAUUAACAUCAACUUCCUGGCCCUGGCCCACAUCAUGAACUCCAUGCGCACUGCCAUGCUGAUCCUCGGGCAGGACAAGGACAACAAACUGGUUUAUAAUCUCUACGACGACGUGGUCAUCUCGGCCUUCAAUGAUCUGUUCAUGAUGCGCAAGGCCGAGUUGGUGGAGGCUAACACCACGGAAUUGCUUUUCGUGUCCGUGGGCAAGGUGAUGAGUUCCUACGCGGGGCGGAAUCGAUCGUGCCCUUUACAGGUCCUCGGCAGCUGGUGGGGUCAUCACGUGGUUCAACAAAUGUACCAGGGAUUUUUCUGUGUCUUUCCCAAGGAUCGGAACAUCUCAAUGCCCGGCUAUGUGGCAAUAUUUAUCAAGCCCAGCGUAUUUACGGUAAACCACACAGCCUUCUACAACAAGCCCAUAUCCACGCGACGACCCUGGAACACCAGCUUAAAUACGAAGGUACUGAAUAAUACUGCCAGAAGUUCGACGCUUUAUAAGAAUAACCAAAAAAUAGAGUGGGAACGAAACAAAGUGGCUGUCAACAAGGAGCUGGUGCGUCGGGCGAGGAUCUUCGAGACCAUCGAUCGGUUGAGAAUGGAGGAGGCAAGGCGCUACCGCAUGAGGUAG